AUGAGUUCAAUCAUUGACAUUAGUACUCCUAGUUUUGAAAGACCAUUUGGGUUACAUCUUUGGCCAAUUUUCAGUGCCUUAUUUGAAACAGUAGUAGGGUACCCUGCUGAUCAAUUUGAAUUUAUAUAUCAUGAAACUUUCUUAGCUAAUGGUUUACAUUCGAUCCUGAUUAUUAUCGUGUAUUAUAUCAUUAUCUUCGGUGGUAGAUACUUGAUGAAUGAAUUCAAAGUGGCUCCAUUCAAAUUGAAUUUCUUAUUUCAAUUACAUAAUCUUGUGUUGACUUUGAUUUCAGGUAGUUUAUUAUUAUUAUGUAUUGAACAAUUAAGUCCAAUUCUUUAUAAUCAUGGAUUAUUCUUUGCUAUUUGUAAUGAAAAAUCAUUCACUCAAAAGUUAGUCACCUUAUACUAUUUGAAUUAUUUAACUAAAUACUUGGAAUUGAUUGAUACUGUGUUCUUAGUAUUAAAAAAGAAGAAGUUAUUAUUCUUACAUACUUAUCAUCAUGGUGCUACUGCUUUAUUAUGCUAUACUCAAUUAACCGGCUCUACAUCAGUUGAAUGGGUUCCAAUCACUUUGAAUUUAGGUGUUCAUGUUGUUAUGUAUUGGUAUUACUUUUUAAGUGCCAGAGGAAUUAGAGUCUGGUGGAAAGAAUGGGUUACUAGAUUUCAAAUCAUUCAAUUUUUAAUUGAUUUAGUAUUUGUUUAUUUCGCAACUUAUACUCAUUAUGCCUUUAGAUAUUUCCAAUGGUUGCCUCAUGUUGGUGAUUGUUAUGGUAGUGAAUUGGCUGCCUUUUAUGGUUAUUUGAUUUUAACUAGUUAUUUGUUAUUAUUCAUUUCAUUUUACAUCAAGGUUUAUAAGACCAAAGGUGAUAAGAAACCAGCUGCUGCUACUACUACUACUACUACUGCUCCAACUGAAACCAAGUCUGAAGCUGUUUCUACUGGAGUUAAGAGUCCAAGUAAAGUUUCGAAGAGAAAAGCUUAG